UAAAAAUUUUAUAAGAAAAUACUCGGAGAAAAUCGUGAAUGGAUUUGCCGGUAAAGCGUCGACGACGUGUGAGGGUAAAACCGGAAACAACCCCGGAAACAACCCCGGAAGUAACCCCGGAAGUGAUUCAGGAUGUUGAGGAUUUCGAUGGGCCCGGACUGCUCUCCCUCCCCACAGAAAUUCUCAUCGAAAUCCUGUCGUACCUCGACUACACCGAUUCCUAUAGCCUCGAAUGUGUCUCCAAGCGAUUUGAAUUGGCGCAGACACCAUGGAGAGACUACGAGGUGAUGGCCAACAGUCCACCGACCCCAGAGGUGAUUCACCAGCUGAAGAGAAUGCCUCACCUAUUGGUGAUAACGAUCAUGGGUCGUUCUGACUGCAAUCAAAUUCUUCGUCAACUGUCCCUAUCCAAUAAGAAACUCCAGAAACUCUAUAUCAAAAGGUGUCGCGACUCCGUUGAAAAAAUAUACCUUCGCCCUCGCUACUUGACCCGAAUACUGGAGCGAUGCUCCAAUUUGCACACGAUAAGCAUCAAGGGUUUUCAACACAGGGGCACUAAGUUCUACCAACUCCUGGGUAACAAGGGAAUUCAAUUGCGCUCGUUAAAGUGCAUCGCGUCGCCAUUGCAAUUUCGCAUUUUUUCAAAAUACUCUCAACACAUUGGUGUUGAUGACCGAGUAACUAUGAGUAAUAUGUGUGUGGGAUGUCAAUACUGGUCGCCCUUGCGCUACUUCCUAGCUGACGAUAAUCGCGGUUCUGUCGACAAGCGAUAUACAGCAAACGUCUCUUAUUUCCGCACCAAACAAUUUUUUACCGUUAAUGUUUAAAAGAAAAAAAAAGAAAAUAGGGAUCAGAGGGUGUACCAUCUAGGCAUUGACCUUGGGGGGUGGGAGGGUGAGACCUUCGGGGGUUGGAGCCUCUGGGAAUUAUUCACGUGGGGAACUUCAAGUGGAGUCAAGUUAUCACGAAAUUAAACUGAAGUUUUAAUUGGCACCUUCAAGGAUAUGAAAAUCACUUUGCGGCCGUUUUAGGUCGUGGGGGUGAACGGGGGGUUAAUAAUUACUGAGUGUUUCGAGUACCAGUUCAAUUACUGGAAUUU